GGUCUCUUUCCAAACUUCUAAGGUUACAAUCAGAAUUUAGUUUGUAAUAAAAGCUAGAAGUAAAGAUGCAAGGUUUUCUUUUUGUUCAGUAUUUUAAAAUUCAAUAAUUUCCUCAAAAUGAUUUGAAUCUAGUAUCAUUUAUGUUAUUCUCAUGCUUUUGUUGUUUGUAAUUGCUGUGUGUUCAUGUAAAUUUAAUUUAAUUUUAACUACAUUAUAAUCGUGUAUGUGAUGAAAGUGCUCAGACAUGCUUAUGCAUGUAGCCUUGUACACUCCAUAAGUGCUCAGACAUGCUUAUGUAUAUAGCCUUGUACUCUCCAUAAGCAGUCAAAAUCUCCAAUGAUUAUUUUCAAUUCAAUUUAUAAUUAUGCUACCAAUACAUAUUUGUUCAACGAAUGUAGUUUUAUACUCUUCCAAGGUGGUCAAAAUCCCAAAUCUUUAUUUUUGGUUUAUAAUUGUGUUGCUAUGAAUGGAAUGUGUCAAUGUUUUUUGAAGUUAAUUAAAGUAUGGUGUUAAGGUUCUUUGCACUAGGAAGAAGAUUGUAUCAAGUAAGUACUUUCUGGGCUCUAGAUUUGGGCAUAUCUGCACUUGAAAUGUUUUCUGAGAGAGCAGUAUGUGUUCUCCUUAUCUUCAGACAAAUUUUGUUUUGGAUUAUGAUUGCAUCGCUUAGGUACUUUCCAUGGCUCUUGAUUUGAGCCUAUCUUCACGUAGAAAGGUUCUUUUUUUUUUGGUUGAGAGUAAUAUGCAUUCCCAUAAUAUCUUCACAAGAUUUAUUUGCACUAGCAAUGUGAGUUCUGUAGCAUUUUAUCUCAAUCAUCUGAUUUGCUCCUUGAGAACCAUUAGGUGCCAGCAUAAUGACACAAUGGCUAAAUCAUUUGAAGGACUGCAUUAAAUGCUAAAAGAUGAAUCACCUAGGCUAAAGCAUGAAGGACCUGGUCUUUUAUCUAUGGCAAUUGCUGAUCGUGACAAUGUAGGUUCUCAAUUCAUUAUCACCUUCAAGGCUAAUCACCAUCUUGACGGAAAGUGUGUAGUUUUUGGGAAGCUUGUGCUAGGAAAUGAAGUGCUGAAGAAAAUUGAAAAUGUGGGUGAUGAGAAGGGAUUACCAACUGUAACAGUGAAAAUAAUUAAUUGUGGUGAAGUUGAGAAAAGGAAAAUUAAGUUGAAAACAGGAAAAGAUGCUUCUUCUGAUGCUAACAGUCAUGAAGUGCGACGAAAGGGGAAGCAUAAGAAGUUUUCCAGAGACAAAAGGAAGAAGAGAAGAAGACAUUAUUCAUCUGAUUCAGAGAGUUCCUCAGAUUCUGAAACAGAAUCAUCUGAAUCUGAUAGUGAUUCUGACUCUUAUCUGUCAUCAUCCUCUGACAUUAGUUCUUCAAGUGAUGACAGGAGCAAAAAGAGGAAGAGAUCUUCUAAACGAGAAAAAUAUAGGCGUGGAAAAAGAAGAGAUAGACGACGUGAAAAAAAGAGAAAAAGGCGUGAUAAGAGAUCAAAGCAUAGAUCAAGAAGGGCUUUGGAUAGUCAUACAGAUGAUGACAGUGAGAGUAAAAGUGAAAGCAGCACUGAUAAUGAUGUUGAUGUGCAAGGAAAAGCGCAGAAGCAUAAAGACCUUUAUCAGAAAAGUGUUGGGAGUCAAUCCCUUUCAGCUGUAGAGAAAGAAAUUUGUCACAGUCAAAGGGAGAAUGCUGAUUUGUUUGUAAAGGAGCAUGAAGCUCUCAAGGAAAAUGGAGAGCAACAGAGCAAUGGCAUUGAAGAAGAUGCUAAAUCUGACGGAAGUGCAAAGAGACAACCUGAUGUGGUAGAUGAUCACCCAAGCAAAUCUAGGAGCCGAAGCAUGAGUCCUAAGAGGACUAUGAGUAAGAGUAUUAGUAUUAGUCCCAGGAGGAGUACAAGCCGGAGCCCAAGUCUCAGCCCAAGGCCUAGUGUGAGCAAGAGUCCACGUGUGAGUAGCAGUCCCCCACAUUUUGCUGAAAGAAAUGGAAGCAGGAGCCCUGUUAGAAGUAGGAGCAGAAGCCCUUCUAGAAGCAUCAGCAGAAGCCCUUUGAGGGGGAGAAAGAGUAGAAGCAUCUGUAGGAGCCCGGUUAGAACACAUUCUCAAAAAAGCAUUAGCAGGAGCCCUAUAAGAUCCCAGUCCCGAAGAAGCCCAAGUAGGAGCCCACCCAGACCAACCAGAAAAUCAAUUAGCAGAAGCCCUGUUAGACUUUCAAAAAGAAGCAUAAGUAGAAGUCCUGCAAGAUCUCGGAGAAGCAUUAGCAGAAGUCCUGUAAGAUCUUCUCAGAGAAGCAUUAGUAGAAGUCCUGUAAGAUCUUCUCAGAGAAGUAUAAGUAGGAGCUCUGGUAGGGCUCCUCCUAAGAGAAGCAUCAGCAGAAGUCCAUUAAGGCAACCACCAAGUAGGAAGUAUCGUCGUAGUUAUUCAAGGAGCCCCAUCACUGUGAGAAGGGUAAGGUCGCCUCCUCCUGAUCGAGGUAGAAGUUUAUCGAGAAGCAUUUCCCCUGAUGGAUCAAUUAAGCGCAUCAGAAGGGGCCGAGGCUUCAGUGAGCAUUACUCCUAUGCACGGCAAUACAGAACCCCCGCUCCAGAUCGUUCUCCUGUGAGGUCCAAUCGUUAUGGUGGCAGAAUUGAUCAUGACAGGUAUUCAAGUUACAGGAGGUAUUCACCUAGGCGUUAUAGAAGCCCACCAAGAGGAAGAACUCCUCCAAGGUAUAGAGGCAGAAGAAGCCGGACACGAAGUCCAUCCAUAUCACCUAGUCCUCGGUACCGAAAUCGUCGAUACAGUCGUAGCCACAGCAUUAGCCCUAGUCGCAGUCAAACCCCUGUUCACAGCCGCUCUCCAGUUGAUGCGUCCAGAUCUCUAGCCUCUCCAAGGACAGGGAGGCGAAGGUCCCCUUCUCAGAGCAGGAGCCGAUCACAAUCAAGGUCCUCAUUGGACUCUCAGUCUCCAAAGAAGGCAAGCAAAUCAAGGUCAAGGUCAUCUUCUGGAAGUCCAAAUGAGGAAAGAGGGCUGGUCUCUUACGACGAUGGUUCACCGGACUCGGGAAGGUGAAUUAGGUGAAAUUUUGGGGAGAUUUUGGUAUUAGUCUUUGAUGAGCCCGUCUUCUCUAAGAUGCAGUGGACUCUGCAGUUUUACCAAAUUGUUUCUAGUUUGUUGUUGCCUGAAGUUGUGGUUAGUAAUUAAAUAUCUGAUUUUAGUAUUUUCAUUCAGGUUGUUCUUGGCCUGCUUUUAGGAUAUUAUUUAUAUAAAUAAUGAAUAGUGCGCUGAUUAUUAUAUUAGGGGUAGGAAUCUAUUUACUUUGUUAGUGCAGUAUCCUAAGAAUCUUCUGUAGUUGGAGUCAGGCAAUUUAUAUGCUAUGGAUGCGUUUAAUGUAUCAGAAAUUUUUCCUGCAAAUGAUGAUCGGAAACUAGUUCUUUACUAAAUUGCAGUGUAUGUUGC